AUGGAUUCUGUAAAACAAGUCAUGCCACGGAUAAAUUGCCAAAAGCGAGUUCUGAAAUCCAACGGAUGUAAACCUAAAAUAUUUAUAAACAACUGUCAUACUCGCAGUUCAUUUGAAGUCUUACAAAGUUUACGCAGAGAAGAAGUAAUGUGUGAUAUUAAGUUAGAAACUGAUGACGGUGUAUUAGUUUGUGCACAUAAAUUGGUUUUAGUAACAGUUAGUAAAUAUUUCCUUGCAAUGUUCACCAGUUUCGCCGAAGUGGACAAAGGUGUUAUAAAUUUAAGAGAGUUAGACUCCAACGCCUUACAACUGUUGGUGGAUUAUAUUUAUACUGGUGAAAUCAUGGUCACCGAACAAAACGUAUUGGAUUUGUUACCAUCUGCUGUUCUCUUACAAUUGGAUUAUGUAAAGGAUGUAUGUGUUGAGUUUUUAGAACAAAAACUAAAUACUGCAAAUUGUCUUGCUAUCAGAGAAUUUGCUGACUUUUAUAACUGUAUGGAAUUAUUGUCAAGUUCUGAAGAAUACAUAGAAACACAUUUUUUAAAAGUUGUUGAAGCUGAAGAGUUCCUAUCUUUGUCUUCUGAAGAAAUGAUUAAUCUAAUCUCCCGCGGUGACAUUAACAUAUUUGAAUGUGUUAUUAAUUGGGUAAAGCAUGAAUUAGAUUGUAGAUAUGACAGUUUGCCUAAAUUAAUGGAACAUGUUCGUUUUUCUUUAGCACCUUCAGACUAUGAGCGUAAAUAUAUGCCUAGCUAA